AUGUUGUCCAUGCUACGAGAUGUAGUGGAUGAAACAGUGACCGCCUUCCGCAAGGGGACGCCGCGGUUCUGCCAGACGACGACGUCCUAUCUUCCACAAACCAUCAUCCAUGCUAUCAAACAGCAUCAAGCAUCCAUUUUACGAGCGACAAACACCAGACAAUGUAUAGUUUCCCUUUCUCACGUGGCAGCUGGCGCUAACAGAAACGCUUCUACUCCGUAUAUCCCUAUCCGAUGGCGCAUCCCCCAAUCCCACCCCCAGUGGCGUCGUUCCAGGCCAAACCCGGCCAAGGGUCUUGUUUCUGAGACCCCGGCCUGCUCCCAGUCUCUGUUCGGCUCAAAUGCCGUCGUGAUUCGUCUGAUCCAGGUGAAAUUGCCAGCGGGGAUGUCUGCCGUUGCAGGAGUUAUCUUACUUGUGCGUCGGCCAGGGAUCGAGCUGUGCAGAAGCCCAACACGAGAGGUGCAGAAGCUCCAAGGCAACAUGAAGGUUCCCUCAAAGACGAUUCGUCCGCUACAGCCGCGCCACAACUUCUGCUGUGCCUGUCCCCUCUCUGCUCGUUCACGAUUCGCAGCGGCCCGCCCUGCUGCCGCUGCUGGCUGGGGAUCUGCUGGAGUGAAGGUGUCGCUUGGAAUUGUUCUGUUUUAUAUCCUGCGUCUCGCCCUGCCAACCGCCGUCCUUGCGAUUCGAGCUGAUGACCAGAAACUCGAUACGGGUUUUGAAGUGGUAGUACAGCCGCUGGUAAAGGGGGGACGUGAAGUGCAAGACGGAACGAUGAACAACGAACCCCAAGGGAUUCUGCGCCUUUCGAAUGAGCUGCUGAAAGAGAUACUGGAUCACCUGGCGAGGGACCCGGAAAAGUGCACUAGCAUCGACCAUCGUGCUUACCUUUCUUUCGAGAGUCUUAGGAGACCAAGUCAACCGGAUCCCCCGCGUUUAUGGCUGGAGGGCAAAAAUGGGUACCAUGAAGAUCUUCGCAGCGACGUUGACCGGUUCCGAGAGGUCUGCAAGCGGUUUUCAGACAUUGGUGCGGCCCAUAAGUUUAGUCGGGUAGUCGUCCGGUUUUCUGAGGCUGCAUUUAAAAGGCUUGACAAGCUAUCAAGUAUCCCGCACCUGGCGAGACAUGCGAGGACCUUCACGUACAUCAUCCGGUCAUUCUAUGUAGAAGAAGUGCUUACGAAUAUCUAUUUGACAGGGCGAGACAAUAUACCUCAGUUACUUUCAACAGCCGAUUCAAGCAAGCUCAAUCUUGCUGAACACAUCCAGCGCCUGGAAGAGCAGAAAAGAUUAGUUACAUCAAAUGAGGAUCUACAUUCCUUAAUACGCGCAAUGAAAUCAUUCACAGCACUUCAGCAUGUGAAAAUUCUGAGGGUUCAAGAUGAAGCCGAGCGUGAUUUGCGGUCAUUUAUUGAUAGACACGACAACCCAUUAGACCCAUUGGUAGUGGUUGACUGGAACCCCGCAUGUGUUCGUGCAAUUCAAAACGUUGGCCUAGCGCUUUUAGAGGCCGGAUCCCCCGCCAAUCGCUUCUCAGGACCACAGAUAAAUCCACAGGCCACUCUUACCCUGAAAAGGGCCCCCAUGCCGCUUCUUUCGACCCUUGCAACGAAGCUGACUUGCUUGGAGAUCCAUUUCGAUGCCAUGCGAUAUGUAAAUGCAGAGAUGAGAGAACUCUCGGAAGUUUUUAAAACUUUGUUUACAGCGGCCAAAAAUAUGGAGGCCAUUCACCUGGGAUUUCCCUCCAGGUUGCCAUUAGAUCUCCGUCUGGAAGAUAUAUUCCACAACGUUCACUGGGAAAGGCUCCGUGCAUUUGGGAUUCAGGCUUGGAGACUCGACUCUGAGGAGAUUAUUAACUUUGCACGCCGUCACCGCAGGUCUCUCCGCGGCCUCCGCCUCCGGGAUGUCCUCUUAAAGGAAGGGAGUAUGUGGAAAGAUAUUUUAUCCAUGCUCCAUGACGAAAUGGAGAAUCUGGAAUGGGUCAGCUUACGGCGGAUUGACUACUCGAAUGCAUUCGAUGAAAAAUGGGCCACUAGUGCGGACAUAUCAGAUAUCCAAUCAUUCCCGAAUUCAGACAGUGACGAUGAUGACAUGUUUGAACCAUAUGUCCCAGGAAAUUACCAUAACAUAAAUGGUGAGGAUGAAGAUGAUAAUACCAGUCUCGGCGACGAGUCAGACGGCCUAAGUUCACAUAACGGCGAUGUUGGACCUAGGGCAAACCAAAUAGAGUUAAUGCCGGACAACUCCUUAUCUGCGCCGUUGAUUUUACCCCCUUUCACGAACCAGUGGGAGGUAUUAAGCUCUAUCCCAGCCGAAGACCUCGAGGACGACGGUAGAACCGUGGAUUACAGGCAACGGAAAAUCUGGGAAGCUUGGGUUAUCGCCAAAUCGAGAUUCGCUUCCGGCCAAGACAGGUACAGUUAA